AUGAAUGCUCCUCCUCGAUUCGAAUCGUUUAUGCUUUAUGAUGGAGAGAAGAAGAUCGAAGUCAAGAAGGAAGUUAAUGUUCCCGACGCGUGCCUGUUCACAUUGAACAAAGAGGAUCACACUUUGGGGAAUAUUCUCAAAACUCAGCUUCUUCGAGAUCCCAAGGUUCUUUUCGCCGGCUACAAAAACCCUCAUCCUCUUGAGAACAAAGUAAUCAUCAGGGUACAAACCACGAAGGAUUACACUCCUCAAGAUGCUUUCACAAAUGCGAUUACUGAUCUUCUUUCUGAACUGUCACUGCUAGAGGAACGAUUUCUUGUGCAAAUGAAAGAGUACAAAGAGGGCAAUGCUGACUUUUGA